GCAUUUUCUCACUGUCCUUUUUGUACUACCGCUACUCUGAAAGCAUGCACGUUACCGUACCAGCUGGUUGCCAGUGAUUUCUAAAGCAAAGCAUUAAAGCACCCUCCAAUCUGCAGUCAUUAGCUUCUGUGCUGCCCCAGGCCUCGCCAGUAAUGGGCCUUGUUGCUCAUGAUCUACAUCACGUGAGCUCCUGUGUCUAAUGUGUGGAUGAGGGAUUUUUUCAUCGUGCUGAAAUGAAUAUCAUUUUAACAAUUUAUGUCAUGUAUUAGUCAAAGGAAUGAGUAUGAAGGCACAGAUAGGGCUGCCGUAAAUGUCUUUCUCACGUGUGCUGUGAACUGUUGCACUAACCUCAGAGACCUCAAAUGUUCUAUAGCGUCCAUUAGACAAGCACACAGAAAGCUUUGAUAAUAUGAGAGUUUUGUCCUGUAUUUAUUUAAUCGUUAUGGCUGGUAUUGCACAAUGACUACCAGUGUUUAGUAACUGUUUUAGCCUUGUUAUAUGGGAUGUUUGUGUGCCCCUGCAUGCCUGUGUAAAUGUGCGUAAGCGCUUGUUUGCGUCUCAGCACAAGUUCUCAGUGGAAAGGGAGAAAUGAGAGGUGGUGACGGUGCGAGGAAUGGGCAGCUGCAGCAUCUUUUACUGCACUCCUCAUCCCACUUCAAUCUCAGUGUCUCAGCUUCUCCUUCCAGGAGAAAUGUGGAGUGUGUGGGCGAGUCGGAUCUGCAAUUAACGCCGGUUGUCAGAAGGAGAAUGCUGGCGUUUACACGAUGCCUCUGAAUCACUGAGUGAAAGUCUUUUCUCCUUCACUCUCCUCCUCCCAGGACAUUUUUUUUCAAGGAGGACAAAACAGCAGAGAGCUGAAAGCCAAGGAUGCAUUGAAUAAAAAAUAAGAGAUAGAAGCUGAACAUUCUUGGCCCGUUAAAGAGGAUAGUGUUUCUCUGGUUGUUUGAUCCUGGUGUGGUCUGCUGAAGAACAAAGAGUGUCUUGAGAAGUGUGAGAGCCAAUAUAAGAAGAGAGACUUUUCCACAAUGUGCUAGGAGAGAGGAGGAAGAACGAGUGUUGUUAUUCUGAUAUUGUUGAGGUGUCAGAGAACCAGGAAAGGAGACAGCCAUGGGGCGAAAGAAGAUACAGAUCACGAGGAUCAUGGACGAAAGGAACAGGCAGGUUACCUUCACAAAGAGGAAGUUUGGCUUGAUGAAAAAGGCCUAUGAGCUGAGCGUACUAUGUGACUGUGAGAUCGCCCUCAUCAUUUUCAACAGCUCUAACAAACUGUUCCAGUACGCCAGCACAGACAUGGACAAAGUGUUGCUGAAAUACACAGAGUACAACGAGCCCCACGAGAGCAGAACCAACUCUGACAUUGUAGAGGCGCUAAACAAGAAAGAACACAGAGGUUGUGAUAGCCCGGACCCCGAUGCCUCAUAUGUCCUCACUCCUCACACAGAAGAAAAGUAUAAAAAAAUUAAUGAGGAGUUUGAUAAUAUGAUGAGAAAUCAUAAAAUCCCCACAGCAUUGCCUCAGCAGAACUUCUCCAUGCAUGUGGCAGUGCCUGUAUCCAAUCCUAAUGCCAUGUACCAGGCAGGAGGGACUCUGGGCAGCCAGGGCCUGGCAGCCGCCACAGCUUCUCUGAGUGAGAGUGGGAUGCUGUCCCCUCCACAGGCCUCUCUGCACAGGAAUGUUGGCUCUGGUGGAGGAUCCCAGAGGCCCACCAGUGCAGGCAGUGCAGGAAAUGGUUUUGUUAACCCCAGGGGCUCUCCAGGCCUCCUCAGCACAGCCAGUGGCAAUGGCCUGGGUAAAGUCAUGCCCACCAAGUCUCCGCCACCCCCUGGAGGGAACAUGGGAAUGGGAAGCCGCAAGCCAGACCUGAGGGUUGUUAUCCCUCCAUCAAGCAAAGGGAUGAUGCCCCCGCUGUCUGAGGAGGAGGAAAUGGAUUUGAACACUCAGAGGAUAAGCAGUUCCCAGUCCACCCAGCCGCUGGCUACUCCAGUCGUGUCUGUCACCACCCCCAGCUUACCCCCACAGGGCCUGGUCUACUCAGGCAUGACCACCUCCUACAAUCCUGCUGAGUACUCCCUGAGCAGUGCAGAGAUCUCUUCCCUACAGGGCUUCAGCUCUCCUGGGCUCUCGCUGGGCUCCAUGUCGGCAUGGCAACAGCAUCAACUGGGCCAAGCAGCUCUUAAUUCUUUGGUUGGCGGAGGUCACCUACCUCAGGGUUCCAACCUAUCUAUCAGCACCAGCCAGAGCAUAAACAUCAAGUCUGAGCCUAUCUCACCGCCACGGGAGCGCGUCACCCCGUCUGGGUUCCCCUCACAGCAGCCGCAGCAAGGGUCCAGCCGACAGGAAGUUCUGGGACGUUCACCUGCCGACAGCCUCAGCUCGUCUUGUAGCUCAUAUGAUGGCAGUGAUCGUGAGGACCACCGGCCAGACUUCCACUCCCCGCUGGGGCUGGGCAGACCCCCUGCUGGCUCGGAGGACAGGGAGAGCCCAUCGGUCAAGCGCUUGCGCAUGGACACAUGGGUGACAUAAAGAGCUCUGAUCAAGCCUCCAGUCACCAGCCGGUCAGAGAGAGAGGGAGGGGUUAGACAUGGAGAUAAAAGAGAGAGAAAGAGGGAAAAAGAGAGAGUGAGGGAAAGAGAGAGAAAGAGAGAGAGAGAGAGAGAGAGAGCAAGGGUCCUUACAGCUAUCAUUGUCAUGCUAUUAUUCAACUCCACUUCAGUUUGUAUGACUGAGAUGUAAUGUAAUAAGACGUGUCAGGACAUAUCUAAAGUUAAUUCUCAGACUGAUAAAAUAAGAUUAAAAACUCAGCUAGGUGGACUGAAUUAUAUGCACAAACAGGUGGUAUCAGGUACUUGGUGCAAUUCAGGAGACGCUGCAGAAGAAAGAUGUUCAAAGAAAAUCGUUAAACAAUAGGCGGUGAAUUACUUUAGUCACUGGUCUAGUCAGACACUUACAUGUAGUUGCUGUUUUUGCUGUUGUGCUUGCAAGUUGCAAACAGUCAGAGAAAAUUGUGUUGCUUUCAGGCUGAGGACCCGUGCAUAUGAUAUUUCACUGCAAGAACUGUCUUUAAAAUCAUGCUGUAAUCACACAAGACCUUUAUAUUAAGUGGCCUCUCCUAAUUUAUUGACUGAGUGGAUCAGGCGCGCAUCAGUUUAAAGGACCAGUGUGUGGGAUUUGGUAGAAUUUAGCUGCGAUGGUGUGUGUUGCAAAUUGAUCCCUCACUUUUCCCCUUCCGAGGCCGCCAAUGUAGAAACGUGAAAGGUUUGUCCACGUUUGUCCCACAUGACCGACUCCGUGGAAGAAAAUACUGCUCUAAUUAUAAGCCACACUUCCCUCCCUUCAAAACGUAAAAAACAAAUUCAAUUACAGUUGACUACACACCAAUUCAAACAUGUUUGUGAAUGCUGUAAUAUACGCCUGCCGUUGGAUACUCAAACAUCCAGCACACUGGUCCUUUUUAUCGAAGUUACACAGGUAUUUUGAUCCUACAGUAAAUCGUUGCAACAGUUGAGACUACUUUAGCGAAUACGUGAAACAUAAAUGUCGGGGGUAAAAAUGAGAUAGGAGCAGAAUCUAUUGCAAUAAUGACAAUAACUAUUCAUUUUAUAAUUUAAAAGAUUAGGGUAUGUAAAUGUGCAAUUAAGAUAAUGCCCAGUUGAGCUGGUGAGAAAGUCAGCAUGUUCACGUUUGUGUAACAGUUCAUCAGUAAUAUAAGCCAAAGCUGUUCUUUUGUGUUGUUUUGUACAGUUGCAUUGAUUUCUCCUAACAACUCACUCAAACGCACCGUUUCUUUCGUCACAGUUCUUAUUUGUUAUUGUGCUUUUAAUAUAGUUUAAAGUCAUGUAAAACAGAUCUUGAAUCGAUAUCGAAAGCCAUGAACAUUUGCUGUUCUGUUUGUGUAAUUGAUCAUUUGAGCCAAACGUCGUCUUUUGUUGUGUAAAUAGCGACUUUAAUAUAUAUUACCAGGGUGUGAGUACAUGCUGAAUGUACUGUAUGAUCACCGUUUUCAAGGAAAGUAUAUUUUUGUGGUUUACAGCCAAGUUUACAAGAGUACACCCUUAAAGAAAAAGAAAAAAAAAGUAGAUCAUUCACUGGUCAAUAUUUACUAUUAUGUUAGUCUCUUUGAAAAUGAAUUGCCAACAUAAAACUCCCAUGUGUUUAGUUCCAGAUGGCUAAUUUGUUUUGUCUCUCUUUUUAGUGGUUUAGUGGUGAUUGUUUGUCCUGAUGACAUUGUAAUAACAAUGCUGUGAGGUUGAAGUUCCACUAUUUUCAUAUUUCUUAAGGAUAAUCACAAGGCUAGGGGAAAUAGGGUUUCUUCUCACCUAUUGUGCUGGCCUGUGUUAGCAGCUGCUGAAUACACUGCCACCAUUCAAAUCCAAGGUCCAAGCCCUCACUGAGGAAUAAUCUAUUGUUAAUGCGUGUAGCUCAAUUGAAAGACGCGUCAUCUCUCAAGCCAUUUCCGCUAUCGUGCUAUUGGUUCAUGCAAUUAAAGGAAGACACAUGGACAUGGCAGAAGUGGCUGCUGACCUUCGUACAAAACCAGUCAUGCCUGUUCCCACGUGUAGUUGUAAAUAUGUAAGUCUGCUUGAACUGUCCGUCACAAUUGCGUGCAAAAAACACCCAUGUGUGUCAUGAAUUGGCUACGCAAACUUCAUCUUAUCUCCAUUUCCCGUUAGAGUAGUGCAGCCUGAGGAACAGUGAAAAUCUGAAGCUGUUGAGGUCAUGUAAAGACAGGAGAUGGUGUGCAGGGGGAGGGGCUGUGACUUGUUUUCUUCUUCAUCCUCACUGGAAAGGAAUCAUUCAGCAGCCAAAUCAUAAUAAAACACACUGACUGACUUCAAUCUCACUGCUGAAAGGCACACAUUUGUAUGAGAAGUUUGCUGUACAAGACGAGUGUUGCUGUGUCUUCGCCAUGGCUUUUCUUGUGUGCGUUUCUGAGGUUUCUGACCUAUGCUGCCCCCAUCAACAGCUCCAUGGUUGCUCACAUCUGUAAUGAUCUAUGCAGUUAACCCCGAUUCACAUUAAACAUACAGAAUAUGAUGUCAUUACAGGUCACGUUUAGUCUGCGGUGCAUUAGGAAGACGAGUGUUAAAGACUGUUAGCCUCCUAAAGUGCCACAGAAGGAAGUUGCUGGAGUACAAGUUAGGUCUAAUACAUUUCAUUAAAUUAUUUAUUUGGAUACCCUAUGUCAAUUUCCACAUACUCACAUGGUGUAUAGUAAUCCAUAAUGUAAUGUAGUUUUAACACAGCUGGUGAGAAUAGCAAUAAUAAAAGACUACAACGAAAACCAUCUGCCUGUCUGGGCAGCAUCACCUUGAAGUUGAGCACAUAUUUUAGCACUCGAUAACAUAUCAGGGAAUUUUGUAGUUGCUCUAUCUAUAUGCACAGUUAGGAAAAUGCCUUAUCCCAAAGAGAAAUGACACCGCUUUUACUUUCCCUCAGUAAAACAAAGACAAUGCAGAUUUCAAGCAAACAUGACCAGACCUGCCUCGUCUCAGAUAGGACACACGCAAGAAAACGCACGGCGAAUGCACUGCGAUACACUUUGCUCUUUUGGUCUCUGUCCAAGUUGUGCACAACUGAUGAAUGUGAAAGGAAAGGGUAAUCAAUGAACCUCUGUCGAGGACUUUCUUCACUUUGCUGUGCAAGAGUACACUGCUUUGCUUCACUGCUUUUAUAAACAGAACUACGUGUUUGGUAAGUGUUUGUAGUUGAUAGUUCACUUAACUAAAGAAGCUGUUUUCGGUUUGAAUGCUCAGACCGUUUGGCGGCACAAGCUGGACUUUGUUGCCAAUAAUGACAUUAUUUGUUUCAGAAUCAAAAUAGAUUUGAAGUUAAUCUACAUUUUAUUUCCCUUGAAUGUGUUCCUUUAUUUUCAGCAUAAAUAUUCAAGUGAACUUUUUAUUAAACAAUUAAGAUACUAUGCUAGAUGUUGUACAAAAUUUGUAUUCUUCACAAAAGUACAAAAUAUUGGCUUUUAAUGUGUAAUUUAGGUUAUCUCUCUUAUUCUGUAUAAAAUGAAGUAAACAACUCUUUCAUAGAAUUUGUUCUCCUGUGAAGUCCCAAACAGUAGAAACUGUCAACUUUAUUAAACACCUCAGUGUAUGCUCAGUCUGAUCUCACUGUCUAUUUAUCUUUGAAUUAUGCAAAGACUUUUUUUUCCUCGUCUCUUAUAUCGGUGUACUAUAUUUAUUUGGUUCACUGGGCCCACUGCCAUUGUCAAUUUGAUGCAAGAUGAACAGGCAGCACAUUGCUUCUAAAAACUUGAAAAAACCCAGAAUUUAUAUAAGAAAUGUUUCAUUUCCAGUUUGUGUAUUUUAAAAUCAUAUUAAUUUCCAAUGAAAAAGUAGGACUACUGCACUG